UUGAAGUGGCUUGAUAGUGCCAUUCAAUUUGAGGUAUCCCAUACACCUGUAGUAUUUAUUCACGGCAAUUCCGAUGCUGCAUUGCACUUAUCUAAGACAGCUACCGGAUGGUCAAACACUAUUGAGUAUUUUUUGGACAAAGGAUACACCCAAGCUGAACUAUACGCCACGUCGUGGGGUGACACAAACACUUUGAAUGCGGCCAAGAGAACCCACAACUGCCGUGAUCUUCUCCGUCUGCGUCGUUUUGUGCUUGCUGUACUGGCUUAUACAGGAGCUCCAAAGGUGUCACUGAUCACACACAGUAUGGGUGUAACGUUAGGACGGAAGCUCAUCAAAGGAGGAACGGUGGACGGACCAGAUGGGUCAUGUAACCUUGGCACGCCACUAACAUCGAAGGUGGACGUGUUUCUUGGACUGGCUGGAGGAAAUUUCGGCCUCUGCGCAUGCGAAGGAACAGGGACACUCGAGCCAACAUGCAAUAAGAAAAAUGGAUUCUGGCCGGGAGACAGCUGCGGUCUUAAUACCCUCACCUGUGGAUUAUCACCGCUGCCCUUCCCAUGCAAUGGUCCAACCUACUCCUCUCUGUUGAUGAGCAUGAACACCGACAACGUACGAGAAGCGUCAAUUGUAUUUUCGGCUUGGAGCUUAGCUGACGACCUAAUCCUCUACGCUGACGAGGUCUGGGGCAGACCAACUUCACUUAUCCCGACUUCAAGUGGAAAGGUGAGCUUUAAUUGUUGGAUGGAAGCAAAUAUUUAUCUUCUCAAAGUACUCGAUAAAGUAGUGUUUAACAUUCAACCAUGGUCAUGUCAUUACCAAAGGGGAAGCAUAUGUGGUAACCACUGA